GAUUGCUAUGACCAAGAAGGAAACACAGUACGAGAAAUACCUGCGGAAUGGGAGUGAGAUAUUUGAAACCUACUGUUCAACUGGAGACAAACAUCCCAUCAUGUUACCCAGAGCUCCUCAGCAAAAGAAAAGGAAUUCACGUGUUUUUCGACGAUAUUCAAGGAGUGUUCAGGUGGGAUGAAGUAAAAAAAGACAUCAAUAAAAACUAUGAUAUAUUUAAAGUAUUAUUAGAACUGUCAUGUUCUUGUCACGUUUGGAUCUCAUGUGACACGUUACAAAGUCCUCUUUAUAUUGCUGAUGAGGAGGAAAGGUUAAGACAUGACUCUAGACUAGCCAAACUUUUUAACGACGAAUUGUCAUCUACACAGCUUGUAAGUCUAUCAAAGAACUUAAGAAACACCUCUGAUUUGUCGAGAGCAUUGUCAGUCAUUCGAGAACAUAUUAUUGAAUCGGAAAACCUUGUAUCAACAUUUACAAACGAUUUCGACAUUUUACAAACCCCCGGGCACUACAUACACGGACCAAAAACUGUCGUGCAUGUUCUGCAAAAGUAUAACGAGGAACUUAUAUAUUCUAUUUUUGACAAGGAAUUUAAAGAAUUAUGUUUUGAUGGUAUGAUAGAUGGUAAUGAUGUGGGUAUUCUUUACAAUCUUUGGGAUAAUAACACAGAUAAUUUAAGUAAAACCAUUGUGGAUGGGAUAUUAUCUUCAAAAAAUAUUACACCAAGGAAGGUGACGUCAACAUAUUCAAAAGAAUGGCCUGCAGUUGUAGCACUGCAACAGUUAUUUGAUUAUAAAGCUGAGAUACUGACUGGAGUGUCUGUUCAAAAUGUUUCAUUUGAUUCAGAACUUUUAUACCUUGCCAUAUCACGAGCACGAGUUAAGUGCACAGUAAUAAUGUUUCCUGUAAAAGGUGCAAUACUUGAGGAUUAUCAUCGCAUGUGUAGUCUACUUGAUAAACUUAAAGAUUCUGUUGAAGUAAGAUAUCAUUAACACUUCAAACUUUAAAAUACAAUUAAUUAACUGAACCAGAUUACUUUAUUAUUUAAGGAUUUAAAUAUCUUGUAAAUAAACAUCGGUAUAAUUUGAAAAGUAUAAAGCCUGAUGUUGUACUACUGUAUCUUCGCUUGUAGUUGAUGAUAUAAUUGAGCCGGGACACAGUUGCAGUGACCUUGUCAA